AUGAGCACAUCGGGUUUCUACGAACUGUAUCGUCGGAGUACCGUGGGGGCCACUUUGGUGGAUGCUCUGGAUACACUCAUAAGUGAUGGCAGAAUUGAGGCCUCACUGGCCAUGCGCGUCCUAGAUACUUUUGAUAGAGUCGUGGCAGAGACAUUAAAGGAUAAAACGCAGAGUAAACUCACUUUCAAGGGCCAUUUAGAUACUUAUAGGUUUUGCGAUGAUGUUUGGACUUUUAUCAUUAAAAACUGUAGCGUGAAACUGGAGCAAACCGAAGACCCACAGGGAAACACGGUUAUUGUGGACAAGGUUCGCAUUGUAGCCUGUAAUUCAAAGAAGACGGGCGAAUAG